UUGUCAUUGAGAUAAGAAACAUUAACCAACCAGUCACAUGAGCAUCAUCAUCCCAUUAACAACUCAAAAUCCCAAACACCACACAAUCAACAUCCAAAUGAAAAUGGCGGGUGUUUCUGCAAACCCACUCUCUACUCUAUCCAUUCCUUCAAUCCCCAAAAUCCCAGCCAAACCCCAACAAUCUCCAAUUAGAAUUAACGACAUCUGUCCCACUUCAUUCGGUGUUAGAUACAGAAAUGGCAGACACUGGAUAAAAAGAUUGAAUGCUGGAUUGUCUGAGUACGAACCUGAUCUCAGAGAAGAUCCUAUAGACCGGUGGGAUAACCUUGGCAUUAGCGAUGAUGACUUUGUGUACGGAGUCUAUGAUGGGCAUCACACAUAUUAUGAAGCAGAGGAUAAAUCAACGUUUUGGGGGUCGAUAAAGGAAGAUUAUGCAGCAAUUAAUCCUCCCACUGGUUUUCAAGGUCUCAUCUCAUGGUUAUUUCUUCCCUCGGUGGCUCUUGGAAUGUACCUCAAUGUGCCGGGAGAGUAUUUGUACAUUGGGGCGGCGAUAUUCAUUGUAAUAUUUUGCGUAAUCGAGAUGGAUAAACCGAGCGAGGCGUACAACUUCGAGCCGCAGAUAUAUAACAUGGAGAGGGGUGCUCGAGACAAGUUGAUAUCGGACUACAACACCAUGGAUAUUUGGGACUUUAAUGAGAAAUAUGGGGAUCUUUGGGAUUUUACUGUCACUAAAGAUGAUAUCAUGAAAAGAUAGAUAAUUGUGACUCAAAAUUUGAUACAACCUCACCUCAUGUAUGUAUAUGGCCAAAAACUAAACCUUUGUAUUCAUUUUCUAUACAUGUUAUUUUACAAAAAUGCAUAACAAAUAUCAGAAUAUUUUAUUGUUUUUGGUGGUUAUUAAGGUA